AUGUAUGUUAAACUUUUAUCUCAAUUACGUUCGAAAGCAAUCGUCACUGAAGCUCAAACAGGACUGACAGCCAUUCAAGGAAUUUCACAAUCGCUGAAAGCUGUAUUAGUCACCGAUCCCGGUGUUACUAAACGAAAACAUUCGGCAGUUGCUCAACGUCUUGUAAGCUACGUUAAAGAAGAUGGUGGCACAGUCGUCUUCAUGGGUCAUUUCAGUGGUUUCAUUUCGCCAUCAGAUAUGAAUGCCUUCUUUAGUAAUCAAUGGAAUUUGCCUUGGAAGUUUGGAGCGUAUCAUCGUACAACAUUCUCAUUGAACACACAUCAUAACAGAUCAAUGGAUAGUAUUCACAAUCUGCCCCGUACGUGUAGUAUGAAGGCUGUUCAUCUGAGAAAUGUUCCUUUGGAAGCAGUUAUUUACACGGCAACAGACAAUUCGAGAUUGGAAUCAUUAGUGUUUGCACCAACGGCAAUUGAAGAUCAUACAGAGUAUCCGGUAGUCUUUACACAGAUGGGAAAUGGACAUCUCGGUUACAUUGGUGAUGUUAAUACGGAGGAAGAAGAUAGUCGAGUGAUUUUUGAAAUGUGUGGAAUUUAG